UUACGGAAUUUGUUGAUGUUUAAAUGCCCCGGGGCGGUGUAUGUGCUGUCUGAAAGAGGGUGCAGCCAGAGAGAGAGGAAGUACAGACACAGUUUCUCACAGAAUAAAAGAAAGAUGCCUGCGUUCAAGUCUCUGGUUGUGUGGAUCCUCAUCAUGUGGACUUUCACCACAGCAGAUGAUGAGGUCUCCUGCGUUUUAGAGGAGAGCUGCAUCUUACCCUGCAGUUUUCAACCUGGUCCAGACCCAGUCAUCCACUGGACACAGGUGAAACCAGGAAACACUCAUGUCCACUCCUACUACAGUGCCAGAGACCAGUUUGUACACCAGGGCGAGCACUUCAGAGGCCGGACAUCGCUGUCCACAGAUCAGAUCUCCAGAGGAAACGCCUCCAUCAGGCUGACGGGGCUGCAGCUUCAGGACCAGGGCAGAUACGAGUGCUACACCAGCACCAUCACUGGAGGCAAACAUGCGUCAUUUAUCAACCUGAGAGCAGCUGCUAAAGAAACUGUUGAGAGUGAAUGAGUGUAUGUAUGCAUGUUACUAUAUUUGUUCAGGAGGAGGCGCUGUUGCGCCUCAUAUGACAUAGAGUCACCUGUGACUGAUGACAUCACUACCUUUAUAAAAGUGAUGUUACCACCCUCUUUCUCUGUGUUGCCUGACUCUCACGGAGAGCAGUAUGUUGUGAUCACCUCUGCAAUAAAUAACGCCAUGUGGCUAAAGAAA